UUUUAGUAUUAUUUAGGUUGUCAAAUAUUAGCCUAAUAUAAUAUUGAUAUUUUGAUAUAUUUAUUUGACCAAUACGGUGUUUGUGUUAUUUUUUUGUCCAAUAUGAGCCCAUUUCACGUAAUAAAUUAUAGCUCCAUAAAUUGUUUCAAUUGCUAUAAGAUAUGUAUGUAACCAUUACUUAAUAUAGACGUACAACUCAAUGGCAUAUCUUAUGUGGUAAGAUUUAUAAUUCAAAGCUAACAGUCCGCAAUGUUUCCUAGUUGCAGGGUACUAGAAAGAUUGAGGCCCUUUGUCUUGACAAGUCUGAUAGGGGAAGAAGUUAUACGGCUGAACAAUUUAAAGAGCUGGCCAACUUGAGGUUCAUUCAAAUGAAAGGUGGGAAUUUCACUGGAGAUUUCCAGAACUUGCUUCCUCAAUUAAGAUGGCUCCAAUGGCAGAAUUGUCCGUCAGAUUUCGCAGCAGCCAACUUUCAUCCGAAGAAAUUAGUCGUGCUCGAUCUAUCGUAUAGUCAGAUUUCUGAGGAUUGGGGAGGAUGGGGUCCACUAAAGGUGGCAACCGAACUCAAAGUUCUCAAUCUCACGAGGUGUCACUCUUUGAAAGGAACUCCUGACUUGUCCGCUUUCAAAAGCUUGGAGAUUUUGAUUCUUGAAUAUUGUUGGUAUCUGGAAGAGAUUCAUCCUUCUAUUGGAGACCUCAAGACCCUCGUCUCCUUGAAUGUCAGGGGUUGUCGUAGAUUGAAGGAGCUACCGGCUGGAGUAGGCAAAAUGGAAAAUUUGAGGGAGCUUAUCUUAGAUGAAACUGCCAUACAAGAGAUUCCUAUUUCGAGAGGUUGUUUGACGAAGUUGGAGAAUCUAAGUGCCAGGCGAUUGUGA